AUGGCUGCAGCUCGAGCAGCGUUGAAGGCGCAGAUGGACGCGCUCAUGGGAGAGUUUGCGGAUCAGAACAACACGGGACCUCCGAGGUGGCAAGAAGAGAGCGUCUGCAAGAAGUUUCUCGUUCGCUUCUGUCCUCAUGACUUGUUUCACAACACCAAGUCAGACCUCGGCCCCUGCUUGAAGAAGCAUGACGAAAGGCUCAAGGAGCAGUUCGAAGCAGCAGGCGACGAGAAUCUCAAGGCCACAUAUGCGCGCGAACUUCUGGUAGAGCUCGAGCAGCUGAUCGGCGGCGUCGACCGAGCCAUCCGAAGAUUUAGAGACAGGGUCAAAGCUGAUCGACCGGAUCUUGAUGCGGCUUCGAAAGCAAGGAUUGAGGAGAUUAUGAAGGAGGUGAAGGGCCUUCAUGACGAGAUUGAGAUCCUGGGCAACGAGGGAGAAGUUGAGAAGGCAGAGGAGAAGAACAAGCGAGUCCAAGAGCUGCUGGAAGAGAAGAACAAGCUCGAGCAGGGUCCUGAGAAUGAUCCUUUCUGGAUCAAAGAAAAAUCUCAGAUCAUCUGCGAGGUCUGCGGCUGCAUCUCUCAAUCUGUCGACAACGACCAGAGAAAACAAAAUCACCUGGACGGCAAGCAGCACAAAGGAUACUUUUUGAUUCGCGAGGCGAUACCGGAACUGCAGAAGCUGGUGAGGGGAAGCAACUCAAAGCCCGAGGAGCAGCAGCGACAGGAGCGACCUGAUGGAGAACCAGCGAGGGCGAGGAACCGGGACCGCAGCAGAGACCGAAGUAGAGACAGGGACAGGGACAGGGACAGGGACAGGGACAGGGACAGGGACAGGGACAGGGACAGGGACAGGGACAGGGACAGGGACAGGGACAGGGACAGGGACAGGGACAGGGACAGGGACAGGGACAGGGACAGGGACAGGGACAGGGACAGGGACAGGGACAGGGACAGGGACAGGGACAGGGACAGGGACAGGGACAGGGACAGGGACAGGGACAGGGACAGGGACAGAGAGAUCGCCGUCUGUUUUGAGUUUUUUUUCUUGUCUGUUGGUGACAACAAUCUGCAGCUCUCCCGACAGUUGUCGAUAUCGUUUAGGAACGACAAGAUGAGGAUGUAG